GCUCUUGUUGUUAUCAUUCGAAUCUCUACGACAAUAAUUUCCAUCCUUGCGCUCCGUACAGUACUUAAGGUCCUUCUGUACUUCCCUCUCAAGUUCCCUUUUGAGAGUCUCCGUGCAAUUGCUUCUCCCUGAGACACUUCGAAACAAACCACAAUGGGCGAUAACCACCAGGCUACUCUCAGCAACGAUCCUGCUGCCAAUGCUCCCGAUGCGGCCGCUGCGGAUAAGGGCAAGGGCAAGGGCAAGGCCGCUGAUGAGCCUUCCCUGGAAAUGAGCAUGGACGAGGAAGAGGACAGUGAUGAAAGCGAAGCUGAGGAAAUGAUGGCGGACGAUGAUGACGAUGAUGACCACGACAAUCUCGAACCCAUCUCUGAAGAAAACAUCAUUUCUGGAGGUCGUCGGACACGAGGCAAGACCAUCGACUUCCAGGAGGCGGCCGAGAAGCUGAAGGCCGAGGAUGAGAUGGACGACGAGGACGAGGACGAUGAGGAAUUCCAACCUAACGAUGAGGACAUGCGCUAUUGAUUAAAAGACAUCUUAUGAAGCCAUCAAAAUAACCUGGGAAUGGGAUUUGUGAAUGGGACGGCGGGCGCAGGUUCAUUGGGGGCUUUCUGUUUCUAUUCCAGUUAAAUCAUUUCUUCUUUCGAGUAUGCGCAC